AAAGCCAGCCUAAUCCGCUUGUACGGGAAUAACUAUAAGUCCAAUGGCAAAAUACGUACGACCCAAGAAAUAAUGAACGGCAAAGCUUUCAAGGCGGUUGUAGGAAUGCUUCAUGUGGCCGAAGCGACAGCGCAAAUAUACGCCAUCGAUUCUUUUGCUGCGGGCGCGCCCAUUGACCACGUGCGGCUGGCAAACCUCCAAGUAACCGAAGAAAAUUUUAAAGCAAUACGGAACUGCAUUGAAAAGAACAAAGACCACACGCUUCGGUCGAUACGAGACGAACUGGUAGUUUUUUCCUACAAUCAAAUAAGAUUUGUUCUGGCUUGUAUGAUCAGGGAUUUGACCCUGUAA